UUUCCAACCUAUAAUUCUUCGAAUGUCAUAGAAAUGAAAACGCAAACAAACCGGAAAAUGUAAACACUUUCCCAAGAAAUAUUUUCAAUUUCAUACAAUUUUCCUCCAAAAUAUGUAAGAAAUUGUAUUAUAAAUAAUGGAUAUUAAACUUGGUUUGAUGAUCGUGGGUGUUGCAUACUGCAUGGUCUAUUUCUUCGAUUCCUUCUUUAAAAGUUGUGCACAUUAUCCCUACAUUAAAUUUUUAGAAGGUACCGGAUUGAAAAUAGGACUCUUCAAUCUUCAAUGGACCACCACAGCAUUCAACAGAUCCCUUUUGAGAUUUGGAAAUAUUCGAUCAAACACGAAAUUUUUGAAGGUCUGGUUUUCUAUAGGACUAAUAGCUAGUUUGAUAUUGCUUCCUAUUGCAAUACUUCUAUUAAUUUACAGUUUAGUCCAAAAUUUUGUAUCAUCCAAUGAGAACAACUUGAUAACACCUGUGAUACCUGGAAUAAAUUUGCCAGCAUCUGAAAUUUUAUUUUAUAGUGCAACAUUGAUAAUUUGUAGUGUCUUACAUGAACUGGGACACGCCUUAGCGGCUGUGAAAGAAGAUGUUCAAGUACUCAAUAUAGGUGUAACAGUGUUUUACAUCCUCCCGGUUGCAUAUGUUAAUCUAAAUUCAGAAAAUCUUAAAUCUAUCGAUCCAUGGAAAAGAUUGAAAAUAUUGACUGCAGGCAUAUGGCAUAAUUUGUUAUUGUCUUUCGUCUGUUACUUAGCUUAUCUAUCUCUACCUGCAAUAUUAAGUAUUGCGUUCAACACAGGAAAAGGUGUAGCUAUUUACGAAGCUUCAAAAAUGUCACCUUUAAUAGGUCUUAAAGGUCUGGAAAUUGGUGACAUGAUAACAAAAAUAAAUGAUUGUGAAGUAAAGACUGAAAAUACUUGGGUUGAUUGUCUGCAUAGCGUAAACAAAAUGAAUGGAAUGUGCUUUGAUCCUGAUGCAGUUCGGGAACUCGAUGAGACAUCAAUACUAAGACACCUUAGUAGUGGUUUGGUAGAAUGCUGUGAAGAGACAAAGAAGGGUAAUGUUUGUUUUGAAUUUGUAGACAAGGAUGGUAGUAUUCUGGAGUUGCCUUCACAUGUGUGUUUACCAGCAAAAACAAUCAUGAGUAAAUCAGAAUAUUAUUGCUCUAAGAUCGAUCAUAAAUGUCCAAAAGGCUCUCACUGCUUCAUUCCUCAAUUGAAUGGUUCACACUUGUUCAAAAUAAGGGCUUUAAAUAAGCCCAAUAUUUUCUAUAUGGGAUUGACAGAUGACUUUUUGAGGACGUUGAGAGUUUCACCUUAUAUACCAAAAUUUUAUUUCAAAACUCCAGUUUUUGCAGAGACCAUUCGCAAAAUGUUGGAAUAUAUCACCAUCAUAUCCUUAGGACUGGCAAUUAUCAAUGUCGUUCCUUGUUUUUACAUGGACGGUCAGCACAUUAUUAGCACUCUUUUGUAUUUAUCGUUAUCAAAAAGUAUGAAUGGAGAUCGUUUAUUAUUACUGUCGUCUAUGAUUUGUCUGAUUUUCACAGCUCUAUUAAUAGUGCAUUGCGUUUUAACAAUGUGGCCUUUCAUAUUCUGAAAAUAUUCAUAAGUGAUGAAAUUGUAAUAAAUAUUUCAAAUAGA